AUGUCUCCAGGAAAGAUUCCGGUUCCUACUACAGAACUCCUUGGUACAUUUCUCGAGGCGCUGGGCUAUGGUGUUUAUCUAGUGGUCUUCCCUCAAUGUCUGCGCAUCAUGUUGCGAAGAAAUUUGAGCAGUGUGAUCACCGCAGUAUUUGUGGCUAGUAUUGUGAUUAAUUUUCUGCUCAUUACCCUGCAUAUUGUGGUUGACCUUACACGGGCGUUCACGGCAUUUACGGCCAAUUUAUCCGUUGGUGGCGCAGCGGAAGCGUACUACGCCAAUGUAAAUACGCAUUUGAAUAUCACCAAAAAUGCUGCCUAUUGCUCAGCCACUCUCUUGGCCGAUGCGCUCCUCGUUUAUCGUACCUUCAUCGUUUGGGGCCGCAAUUACCUAGUGGUCAUCCUCCCAGUCCUUCUUUUUAUUCUUGAUUUCGCUAUGUCGGUUUGGUUUACAUGGUCCGUCAACGAAGCCCACCCCGGUAGCAGCGUUCUGGUCUCUACAGUGUUUGCUAGAUCGAAAUACUUCUUCGUUGCAACGUUGGCUUUGAAUCUUUUAUGCACAGUCCUCAUUGCAUACAAGAUUUGGAAGGUUCAAAGUCAGGUCGUCCCCUACGUGUCUGGCCCUUCCCGUGGUGCCAACGCACUUUCUAUCAUCCUCGAAUCCGCUGCUAUCUACUCGGCGGCCCUCAUUUGUUUAAUCGGAACAUCCAUUGCGGGCAGUUCGGUCAUGUUCCUCUGGUUGAACUCGGGAUCGGUCUUCUCUUACAUUAUCCUUCGCAGCUCAACAGAUAUCAAACGAUUCAAUACGACUCUUAGCAUAGGAACGAACGCUAUGAUGUUUGCUACCCAAGCAACAGAUAAAACAGGCGCGACCGCUCGAACCCAAGGCUAUAAACAUCAAAGUGCAUAUCUCGGUCCAAGGCCAGGGUUACAAUCAGACGUGGAGGGAGUGCACGUCCGUCUUCAACAAAUGGUGCACCGAGACGAUACCGAUAUGGAUAGCGCCAAAGUAUCAGACUCGAAGAUAGAUGCCUCAAUAUCUGGUUCGGAGGCUUGA